AUGCUUUCGUUGAACUUGCCCGCCGCUAUCCAAACGAACACGAAUGAGAUACCUGCAAGUUUGCUCGAGAAUGCCGCAAAAAUUCGUGAAUCGGGAGGUGCGAACCAGUUACGCGAACACGUGUUCUCCUUACCGGAUUCAGCAGAACGAAACAAGGAAAUUUUGCAGCAGCAAAAAACUACAUUGGAGGAUGAGGAGAAGAAUGACAACAAUUUACGUCAACAAUUUGGUGAACGCUGGGUUCGUCAGCCGUCGAGCAAACUGAACGAGCAGUGGAAGCAGGAUAUUGAUAAAAUGUUCAAAUUCCUAGAGGAGACAAAGAAAACCGACCAGGUGUUGGCCAAUCGAUUUGAGGAACAAUCAUACUACUUCGAAUUGCUUAGUAAAUCCGACGAUGAGAUUCGCGAAGCCAUCAAAUCCCAAAAUACCGACUCUUGCAGUUCCCCGACUGGCAAUGAAGCAGCACGACAAAAAUUGGCCGCUGUCUGUAGCCAAAUCGAGACGCUUAAAUCGGAUCGCAAUAGUUUACAAGAUCAAUUGGAAAAAUUCAAGUUGCCCCAGGAAAUCUGUACGUCGUGUUUAUUUCAACCAUUUCUGAUCACUGCUGUCGAUCAGUUUCUACGGACUUAUCAAGAAACGAAUAAAGUGGGCGAGCAGGAAAUGAUGAGUGCAAUCAACAGUCAACUAGAAGGCUCUCGUGAGUGUGUUCGGGCCAGUGAAACCAAACAAGAAGAAUUGUUGUCCGACCUACAGGUCCAAUUCGAAGCCUACUUCGGUCGAAAAACAGCAAACGAAUCCAGUGGUCUUGUGUCUCGUCUGACCGCUGCCGUGGAUGCGUUUUUCGCUCUUGACAGAGAUGUUAAAGAAGGCAUGAAAUUCUAUGCGGAACUCACCGACCGAUGUCUCAAAGUGCAGGAAAAGAUCGACGACUUUUGUUUGGCCCGUACCACGGAGAAGACCGAGCACAUGGCAGAUAUCACGAACGAAUUAAGCCGGGUCACAGUUUCCAAUGUGACUCCAUCCCCGGCGCCAACAAGCGUGGCACUCUCCGUUCUCGUUGAUCAGUUUGUGCUCAGGUCUGUUGUUCUCUUCAUAUUUAUGUGA